AUGCCAAACCCAGACGCGUACACAAUCGGUUGGAUCUGCGCCGUCGGAACCGAGCUUGUCGCAGCCGCAGCCUUCCUCGACGAGAAGCACGACGACCCGGAACACUUGCCUGUCAACGAUAACAACACAUAUACUCUAGGUCGGAUCGGAAAGCAUAAUGUCGUGAUUGCCGCUUUGCCACACUCGCAAUAUGGGCUUGUCUCUGCCGCGACUGCUGCCAGAGAUUUGGUACGCAGUUUCUCCAACGUAAGGAUCGGCCUCAUGGUCGGUAUCGGUGGUGGUGCACCAAGCUCGAAGCACGAUGUUCGACUAGGCGAUAUUGUUGUCAGUUCCCCCGGUUAUGGUACUGGAGGUGUGUUGCAAUACGAUUAUGGUAAGACGGUACAGAAUGCGAAAUUUGCCAUGACUGGACACUUGAACCAGCCACCACAGUUUAUGUUGACGGCGAUGUCUGUGCUUAAGGCCCAGUACGAGAGCGAUGGUCACACCAUCGGAGAAGAGAUCGAUCGAGUUCUUGCAAAAAAGCCACGGUUGCGAACCAAAUACCGACGACCGGACCCUAGCUCAGACCGCCUCUAUAUAUCUUCCUUCGAACAUGCUGAGGGUGAUGACGCUGACUGUGCGGUUGUAUGUGAAGACACUUCAAAUUUGAUAAACAGAGCUGGGCGAACCGAAGAAGAAGAUAACCCAAUGAUCCAUUUCGGCCUUAUCGCGUCUGCCAACCAAUUAAUGAAGAAUGCGACUAUACGAGACAAGCUGGCGGCUGAGAAGGAUGUGUUAUGUUUUGAGAUGGAGGCCGCUGGGCUGGUGAACCAUUUCCCAUGCCUCGUAAUCCGGGGCAUUUGUGACUAUUCGGACACGCACAAGAACAAGAGGUGGCAAGGGUAUGCGGCAAUGGCAGCUGUAGCUUACGCGAAAGACCUGCUUCACAAGGUGGCGCCGAAUAGGGUAGAGGCUGAGAGGAGGCUGGCUGAAGUUUUUACAGAUGUAGUCAACUUUCAACUUGGAGAUAUUCAAACCAGGACCAAUGAAACGCAUGCCGAAAUCAAAAGUAUUCGAACGGACAAGCAUUUCGACGAUAUACUGAAAUGGCUUACGCCUCCGAAUGUCUCCACCAAUUUCAACAAAGCUAUCAAAGCUCGUCAUAAAGGCUCAGGCCAGCGACUACUAGAGAGUGAGUCAUAUUUGACGUGGAAAAACGGCCAAAACUCUUUUCUUUGGCUUUAUGGCAUUCCCGGGUGCGGCAAAACAAUUCUCGCAUCAACUGUGAUCGAAGAUCUUCAAAACAACCGAAAUCCGUCGCAAACUUUCUACUUCUAUUUUGACUUUACCGAUAGCCGGAAGCAGUCCUUUGAAAACACUCUCCACUCCCUCGUUAGUCAAAUAUAUCAUCGGAACGAAAAUGCUCAAAAGCAUCUAGACUCGCUUUAUUCAUCUUGCCGAAACGGAAAGGAUCAGCCGAGUAUUGACUUUCUGUACAAGAUAUUCACAAGUAUGAUUCGCGAGCUCGGAGAGGCAUGGAUUGUGCUUGAUGCAUUGGACGAGUGCACACUGCGGUCCGAGUUAUUGUCCUGGAUGCGAGAUCUUGCUCAGAAAUCCCAUCCGGAGACAAUUGUGCACCUCCUUGUCACGAGUCGACCGGAACAAGAUAUUAAGGCAGCCAUUGAACGUCACGCCAACAAUGAACAGAUGAUUGCUAUACGAAGCGACUUGUUAGAAGCUGAUAUACAAAACUACGUGAGUGCAAGGGUUAGAGAACAUGAUGGGUUAAGGCGGUGGCAAGGACGACCGUGCAUCCAAGAUAAGAUCGAGGCUAGCCUGGUAGAGAAAGCUAAUGGAAUGUUUCGGUGGGUUUCAUGUCAGCUUGACGCUUUGGAAAAGUGCUUGGAACGUAAAGCUUUACUAAAAGCACUUAACGAUCUACCGAAAACACUCGAUACGACGUAUGAACGGAUCUUGGCAAACAUACCUCCAGAGUAUAGGGAUCAUACAAUACGUAUUUUACAGUUCCUGACAUACUCAGAGAGGCCUUUACGGCUAGACGAAGCAAUUGAUGCCAUUGCCGUCGAUGUCGGGGAGGAUGUGGGGUCUCGUUUCGAUCCACGAGAUAGAUUACCGGUUCCGCAAGAAAUCGCCCAGUACUGUUCAAGUCUAGUUGUUCUCGUAUGUAGAGAGGGCAGAUACGACGAAGAGCGAAUUGUGGAAGAGAUUCAACUCGCGCACUUUUCGGUAAAAGACUAUCUUACUUCUAGCCGUUUAGAAAGAGAGACUGCACAGUACUUAGAGCAGAGACGAGCCCGAGCCUCCAUAGCCGAGGUCUGCCUGUCAUAUCUACUUGAGCUUAAACCGGAAGCAGACGUCAAAAAGCUUUUCCCUUUCUCAUGCUACUCAGCGCAAUAUUGGAUGAACCAUGCUAUAGCUGGGGACAAUAAUCGGCAGGAGGUAUUUGCGCUAACGAUGCAGCUAUUAACAAGUGUUAAUAGAGUCAGAAGCUGGUGCCGACUUCAUGAUCCAGACCGACCAUGGAACAAUAUGCCGAAAAACACUCUAGAGAACAGCAAGAUAGCGCCUGGUCUAUACUACGCCUCACUUGGUGGGCUGUCAAAUUGUGUCAGAUUAAUGGUGGCAGCUAGGGCUGAUAUUAAUGCUCAGGGUGGCCAGUGUGGCAACGCGUUACAGGCUGCUUCGUAUAGAGGACACAAAGAGGUCGUACAUAUAUUAAUAGAGGCUGACGCUAAUGUCAAUGCUCAGGGCGGAUACUUUGGCAACGCGUUACAGGCUGCUUCGUGUAGAGGACACAAAGAUGUUGUACAGAUCCUGCUAGACGCCAACGCUGAUGUUAAUGCUCAGGGUGGCGGGUAUGGCAACGCGUUACAAGCUGCUUCGUAUGGAGGACACAAAGAUAUUUUGCAGAUGCUGCUAGACGCUAACGCUAAUGUCAAUGCUCAAAGCAGCGUGUAUAGCAACGCGUUACAAGCUGCUUCGUAUAGAGGACACGAAGAUGUUGUACGGAUGCUGCUAGACGCCAACGCUGAUGUUAAUGCUCAGGGUGGCCUGUAUAGCAAUGCGCUACAAGCUGCUUUAAAUAGCGGCCGUAUUGAAGUCGUCAAGCUGCUUCUUAAGAAGGGUGCCGAUGUUUCC